CGUCUCUGAUAUACCUAUAUAUCCCAGUUAUAAUUUUGUCAUCAAAAAGUUAAAUUUUAGCGAGUUUACAAUUACAUUUCUAAACAUUAUUGCAGUGCAACGCUAACAAUCGCACCGUGUGUAUACUGUAUACCUGCACACCCGUGACUUGUUUCAAAGUUUAACGUGUUUUUUUUCAUUUUGUUGAGUUUUUUUUAUUAUUUUAAAUUUAAAAUCUAACGAUGGACGAUUUAGAUUUUUAUGAAUUGCUUUCCGGCGUGGAAGUCCUCUAACAAGUAGAAGAAAAUGCCAAUGCUGCUCCUAGACACGAGCAUUCAGCAGUAGAUCCUUUUUUAUAGGCCAGUUGAAAACUUUUGAAACUUAUUCAAUUCGAGGUAUAGUUGAGUCAUAUAGGUACUUCCAUAAGUUAGAUUUGUUUAUUUUUCUAAAGUAUCGCAAAUUUUGUAGUGAUUAGCGAAAUGUUGAAUUUGUACACAUUUUCAAGAAUUACUUAGUUAMUAAACUAAUAAACAUACAUGCUUCCUAGGGAUUCGGCCGUCAGAUGCGUGUACAAUUUGGAAAAAAACUCCUAUUAUUACGUGUAUUUAAAUACACGCCGCUGUUAAUCGUGGAAAAAUUAUUUCCAUACGGAUCACAGAUUCGUAUACGAAUAUAAAUGUUUUGUGAAUACUAUUUUCCAUUCGUAUACGAAAGUGAAUCGUGUGAAUCGUUCGUAUACGGAUCUUUUUCGUAUGAGUUUCUGAAUAGCCUCCCAGUCCAUUAUAAUCAUAGUCCGUGCUUAUGAUUUAUGAAUCUUGGAUCUUAUCAUGACUGUGGUUAGAACCAUGAUUUAUUUAAUCAUGCCAUAAACCUUAUACCAUAGAUAAUAUCAUUUUCAUAAUAACAUAUUAAUCAGUUGUGCYCUGUGGCGAAAUUUAGUUAGUAGUACUUUAGUAUAGAACUUACAACUAUAGACCAUACUACCAUAGAUAAUAAAGGUCUGUACUCUGUAAAAUACCUAUUGUGUAAGUUGUAAUGGUGUGGUAUUGUAGGAUGUAGGUAAUAAAGUAGUGAAGUACUGGAAACUGGAACGUCUGAAACUCUUUUAGUUCAUUGAUUGUAAGUUAAGUAUAUUUAACACGGAAGAUCUAAUCCAUUGCUAAUUAAAUAGAAAUUAGAAUUUCUCCACGUCGUUGAUGAACUUGUGUCAUUGUUUUAUAAUCGUUGUGUAGAGAUGAACUCUUAGGGCUUAAAUGCUUUAGUUUAUGACUACUACAACUCACAGCUCUCAUUACAAUGGAAGUCCUUGAAGAAAAUCGUAAAGUAUUGUUACGUACCAAUGAUCGUUUGACUAGUAUCAAAUCUAUUGCAAUAGAAACUGAAGAAAUUGGUUCUGCAAUUGUUCAAGAGUUAGGUGAACAAAGACAAACACUUCAUGGUACCCGCAAUCGAUUGGAGGACAUUGAUAGUUCAAGAAUAUCUUCACACCGUUAUGUCUCUGCUAUUAAUAGACAUGYUUUCCAAGAUAAACUCAUGCUUGUACUCAUUAUUAUAAUUGAGGCUUGCUCUUUAGUUGGACUUGUCUAUAUAAAAUUUAUAAAAAAUUAAUUUAAUCUAAGUAAUGCAUAUGUUGCACCUCWUGUGGCUAUACAAUUAUACCAUUUAAAAUGUAUUUAAAUAUUAUUUCUUUAUUUUUAUUUAGUACUUUAUAUUUUUAACAC